AUGAGAGCUAUCGUAUUGCUUUGUCUGUUGGAAGUAGCGUUGGCCAAACCGGAUUUUACCUGGGGCGGAAACACAGACAAUGGAGGAGGUGCAGGUCCCAACGAAGGAAAUGUGUGUGUGACGGACCAGGCGACGUGUGGCUGCUGUCUGAUGCAGCAGCAGAUUCACAGGAUGAAGGAGUUCUUUAACAUGAGCCUCAGCGAGCUGGAGAAGGAACUGAUGAAAACAAAAACGGUCCUCAACAAUGUCAGAGCCAGCCGCAGCGCCUUCUCCGUCGCUCUGAGCAAUGACGACACUUUGAAAUGCAUCGGGCCCUUCCGCGACGACAGGAUCAUCAUGUACAAACACGUCUUCAUCAACCUGGGAGGCGGCUACAACGUGAACACUGGUAUCUUCACUGUUCCCCGCUCUGGCGUCUACAGCCUCGCCCUCACCGUCUACAGCGAUGCCGGCUCUCCUGGCAACACCUUGGCCGCCUGCGGCAGCCUGAUGGUUAACAACAAGGUGGUGGCGGGACCCAGCGAAAAAAACAUGCAAGACCAAGAGGACAGCGCCACCAUUGUUGUGGCCCUCCACCUGAAGGCCGGGGACAAGGUGGCGGUCAACCUGCCCAUCGGAUGUUUCCUCUGCGACAACAGCAGCCACUACAACACCUUCACUGGCUUCCUGCUCUAUUCUACUGACUAAGUUCGGGGAAGGCAGCAGCUCUGGGUUUUAUUACUCUAAAGCCAAGGUUUAAAUCUAUUAUAUAAAAUCUUUCUGAAGUGACUUUCAUGAAUUUUAACCUUCACCAAUCUUUUGUAACGUCUUCACACAUUGCUGUCAUCUUGUUUUGUUUUCAUCAUGACCCACUAUCCCUGUUUGCAGUGUUACCUUCAUUAUUUUAAGCAUAAAAUUAAAUU